GUUUUAAUUCCAAAGCCAUCUUAAUUAUUCUUACAAAGGAGGACUUGAAACAAUCAGGAUCAUUGUAUUGUUCAACAAGGGUAAGAAGGAUAAGACGGCCUCUCUGCUUUGAACCACAAUGAAUCGGGUGGAAGAAUGGGUUUUGGAGAACAAGGACAAGGUCGAGAAAGGAGUGGAAAUCAUGGGGCAAGGUUGCGAGGUUUUAGCAGCCACCGUGGGACAAUUUCACCCCAUCCUGGAGGCCGUGUUUUUGGCCUCGGCCGAGCUCCUCGGAAACCCAGAAGGCAAAGAGGCCAAGUUUCUUGCUGAGCAGUUUGAAAAGAUCAACCAGAAACUUGAAGGUAUUCAAGAUGAAAUCGACCAAAUUGCUUUGGAGAUGCAGCGGACGACCAUGAAUAAGCAGAACUUUGACUGCGAGGCGAAGAUAAUAAGUCAGUAUGAGAAGUUUCAAGACUUUGUCAAUGCUAAGCCCAAGUUCAAGGAGAAGAAGAAGGAGAAGUUUAUAACCCAGUAUGAGAACACUGGUGGUGAUCUGAACAUUGGUUCUUUGUACAAUGCUGUAACUGGAGAGAAUAUCUCUGGAGAUGCCAUGUUGGACACGGUGGUGACCACAGAGCAAAGGAGCAGGAAGCCAGUGGAGGAGUUCUGUGCCAGACUGAAAAAGAUAUUUGUCAUGGGAAUUAUAGCAGUCAUGGGUCACGCCGCCCUGAAAGAGGGAGCUGUAGGCGAGGGCAUGGUGAAGAAAUGGCAGGAUCGCAUGGAAGACGUAGAGACACGCAUGAAAGCGGCGGUGGAUGACUGCAUUGAGAAUUUCCCUCUGCAGGCCAAAACGGAUGUGGAGCGUCAACUUCUGGAGCGACAAGCCAACGUUGACCCAGAGUUCACAGGAUUUCUACUGGAUAUCCUUGCGAAGAAAUAUUACUGGGUUUUCUGGUCAGUUCGGGUCUUCAACCACAGCGGCAUAUUCUUCUGGAAUUGGCUCGCUGGCAAAAAGUACCAUGGAAGUGGUGGAGGUGGCAACUUUUUUGAUCUUCUGACCCCAAACAACAUCAGAAUCGUGGUGUCUUUCAGUGCAGACCCAAAACCGAUUAACAAGAGCCAGAUUGUAGAUCAGAUAGAGAUGCAAAAGUUGAAGGGGAACAUGCAGUCUGUGGCUCAGACGCUGUGGAAGAUGCUUCCCAACACUGUGGUCCAUGCCAUUAGCUGCUAUAAGAAAGUAGAAGAGAAAAACAACUUCCAGCCAGAAUGUUUCUACUUUGGGAGGCACAAAAGGGCAUACCUGUGCAUUCAUUCUGAAUAGACAUGUGAAAAAUUUAAUUGGGAAUCACUCUUCUACAUAUAUACUUCUGGUUUAUAAAU